AAAAAAAAAAGACAAAAAAAAUUAAAAAAAUAAAAAGGACAGAGUUAUUGGUGGUGAUUCUUAUAACGCUACACAAAUUUUGACCCUCAGCUGAGCUAACCACAGCCUAUUUUGGUUUUCCUUAAUUCAGGUAAAUUCUGAGGACCAGACAGUCCAUAGAUGGGUACCACGCUGAGAAUAACCAAUAGCUCAGGGUUUCAGGUGUCUGAGUUCGUCCUGCUGGGGCUCCCGGGCAUUCACGAGUGGCAGCACUGGCUCUCCCUGCCGCUGGCCCUGAUCUACCUCAUCGCUCUUGGUGCCAAUCUCCUCAUCUUGAUCACAGUCCAACAUGAGCCUAGUCUGCACCAGCCCAUGUACCAGUUCCUUAGCAUCUUGGCUAUGGUGGAUAUUGGUCUGGCUACCACCAUCAUGCCCAAGAUCCUGGCCGUCUUCUGGUUUAACGCCAAGACCAUCAGUCUCCCUGAGUGCUUCGCGCAGAUGUAUGCCAUCAAUGCUUUCAUGGGCAUGGAGUCAGGCGUCUUCCUCUGCAUGGCUGUGGACAGAUACGUAGCCAUCUGCCAUCCGCUUCGGUACCCCUCCGUAGUCACUGGAGCGUUUGUGGUCAAAGUCACAUUGUCCAUGAUACUCAGGAAUGGCCUGUUGACCCUCCCAGUGCCCCUGCUGGCGGCUCGGAGACACUACUGCUCCCGGAACGAGAUCGACCACUGCCUGUGCUCUAACUUGGGGGUCACCCGUCUAGCCUGUGAUGACACUGCUAUUAAUAGGUUUUACCAUUUGGCUUUGGCCUGGAUUAUGGUUGGGAGUGACAUGGCUUUGGUCUUUGCUUCCUAUGCUUGGAUUAUCCGCUCCGUGCUGAGGCUGAACUCUGCGGAAGCAGCAUCUAAGGCCCUGAGCACCUGCAGCUCCCAUCUCACCCUCAUUCUCUUUUUCUACACAGCCAUCGUUGUGGUAUCGGUCACCCAUCUGGCAGGAAGAAAGUUUCCCUUCAUCCCCGUUCUCCUCAACGUGCUGCACAGUGUCAUCCCCCCAGCCCUUAACCCCGUGGUGUAUGCGCUGAGGACCCAGGAACUGAGAAUGGGCUUCCAGAAGGUGCUUGGGUUGGCUGGGAAUGUGGCUAGGAAAUAAGCCCGCUUUAAAUGGCAGAAGUAUAUCGUUUGGUAUUGCGGAAUGAGCACAAGCUUUGGAGGCCAACAGUUCAGACUUUGGAGCCCACAUCUCCCACUUGCUAGGGUCAUCCGUUCAAAUUAAUUUACCUAUUUGUGUAUAGCACUUACUAGGUACUGAUUGAAACACUUCACAAACAUUAACUCAUGGACUUGCCAUAACAAUCCUAUGAAGCAAGACCAAUUGUUAUUUACACAUUUCGCAGAUGAGGCAAGAAAGUUGAGAAACUUGCCCAAGGUCAAAUGGGAAGGAAGUUGUAGAGUGAGAUUGGAAUCCAAGCAAAACUGGAGCUCCCGUCGCGGCUCAGUGGUUAAUGAAUCUGACCAGCAUCCCUGAGGACACAG